AUGGAGGAAUCAAGCAAGGAGAAGAAAAGAAACGGGGUGGUGGAAAACUUCCUCAGGAAAGGCAUAGACAUUAAAAAAUUUUCGACUAGGAAAAAAUAUGCCCUGUUGAUGUUGUUCUGUGUGUACAUAAUAACCUGUGUGGGGAUAUUCUUUAACUGGAUUUCUUUGUCCGACUUUUUCUACCACGGAAAUGUAUACAUAGACGAUUGCAAAAGUGUGCGCCCUGGGGGGAGAAAUAACAGGGAGGGUAAAUCAUACAGUUGUAAAGAACAGGACAAGAGAGUGCAAGCCUUAUACCCAAUUAUCCUGUGCUCAAAUUUUAUCAUGUCAGCCAUAUCGGGUGUAUUUUUUGAUUAUUUUGGACCCAAAAUUACUGCUUUAAUUGGGCAUACCUUUAACAUCAUUUCGUGGAUUUUAAUUGGGUUACAAAAUGAAGGCAAAAAUAACACCAUCAUUUUUGGAGCCAUAUUUUUGGGGCUCUCUGGCGAUUCCUCCUACAUACCAAUUCUCAGUUUAAUUUACUUAUUCGAGGAAAACCAUACCAUGUAUACUGUCAUUUUGGGAUGCUGUGCUUCAUUAAGCUUUAGCAUGCCCAUAUUUUUGGACAUGUUCACUUCGCCAAAUGAUACGCAGUCAUUUCAGUUAAUUUGUUUACUGUACUGCACGAUCAUUUUGGUUCCCUUUUUCUUUGUCCUUUUGAUUUUUUUACCCUUCAAGCAUAUCAGCGGUGGGGAGCCCACUGCGGAGGAAACCCAGGGGAGUCACAGCCAGACGCUGCAGGAGUUGGAGGGGUACGUCGUGUCGGGCGUGCACCCGAUUGAUCAGCCAGUAGGUAGCCAGACUGAUCACCCAGUGGAUAACCCUGUGGAGUUGCCACAUGACCGUCCCCACACAACCCAAGACGACCAACCUAGUCUGCACCGCGGACGCCACGCAACCGAUGAAGCACUUGUGCCCCUCUACGCAGAAUACGAACAUGAGUUGGAAGGAGAAAACAACACCCUACGCGAGUUGAUGAUCGAAAGGGUCUUCACCCAAUCGUCCUUUAGCUUAUACUCCCCAAAUGAGUGCGUACUGAGGAAGGUUGGGACACACACGUCAAGCAAUUUUACCCACCGGGAAGAGGGUUCCAAUGAGGUGUUUUCACAAAAAGGGAAUUCUUCUCUCAUUAUGGAUGGAGGUUAUGCGCGCAGUUCCUCUGUCCGAGGGGGCAUUCCAACGGGGGGUGGGUCCAUAAAGAGGGGCAUAUCAAACCAGAAUGAAGUCAUCCAUUUGGAUGAGAAGCUUAACAAAAAUGUGGACGACAAGAGUAACUGUAAAAUUACCACCCCUCAGUGUAACGAAACAGUAGCGAAUUUUUUUUCCAUCAGAUACAUCAGCAUCUGCUACUACUUCACUAUAUACAAUUUAUCGCUAGUUAACUACAACGAGUGUGCAAAGUUAUUUUUUGCAGAUUAUUCAGAUGUGCAGGAGGUUCUAAAGAUAUUCGGACCGCUAUCGGUGAUUUCCUGUGCAGCCUUCGGUUUCCUCAUUCGCAAAUUUCACAUCGUCAUGAUUAUAUUAUCCCUCCUCAUGAGCAGUCUGUUCAUGUAUCUUUUUGCCGUGAUGAGAAGCAAAUUGUUUGCCUACUUGAGUACGCUGUUCUAUCUCAUAGUCACAGGGUGCUAUACAACACAACUGUAUUGCUAUAUCCAGAUUAUGUUUCCGAAGCGUCACUUUGGGAAGAUUGCAGGCACCACCAGCAUGAUCAGCGGGUUGUUAUCCCUACUAAACAUUCCUAUUUAUAAUUACUUCAUCGUAGAUUACAAUAAGAGUGACCCCAACCCGUUUGCCUACGUUGUGAUUGCUCUAUUGGCAUCCACCUCACCCUUGCUCCUCCUUACGUAUAGGAGGGCCACUCGGGGGGGUCCCUCAACGUCAGCAUAG